AUGAACACCCCCUCCACCAUAACCCCACCUCGGCCCUCUGCUGUUGUCCUUGCCGUACCUCAAUGUACGACAGGCGGUAUCUCCGUCGCUCUCGUGAUGGAGUACAUGGAUGCCGGCAGCUUGUCAGAUGCCAUUCAAAAGAGGGUCUUUUUCGAACGACUGGAAUCGGUGUAUGCCACGCUGUUGGAGAUAGCUCUUGCCCUCCGCCACAUGCACUCGCUGCACCUGGUCCACUGCGACCUGAAACCCCAAAACGUGCUGCUCAAGACGGCCCCCCGCGACCCGCGGGGGUUCACCGCCAAGCUGUCGGACUUCGGUCUGUCCAAGACAAUGGCGCACGACGACGACGGGCAGCUCGUCAUUGAUGAGGCUGUGGCGAGCGGGACCAUCACCCACAUCCCCCCGGAAGUCUUCAUGGGUGAGGCGGGGGUGGGGUGGGGUGGGGUGGGGUGGGGGGUGCUAUGCGGCAUGCGGUUGUACGAGGGCAUGUCAGCUCAAGAGAUCGCCAACGCGGUGGCGCACCGCAUGUUGCGCCCCACCUUGCCGCAAUGGGUUCCCGCCAACUACCGGGCGUUGGUGGAGCGCUGCUGGCACCAACUGCCAUCCGUACGGCCUACGGCGGACGAGCUUGUACGGCAGCUGGAGCGGCUGUCGGACUUUAAGCGGCGCAACGUGCGGCCGCAGUCGAACUAUCAGCAGUAUUAG